AUGGAUAGUUAUAAAUCAGCUAAGAAAGUGUCCAAGUUGGCAGGGGAAGAACAAUUAUUAGAUGAUGAUAUUGAAGUGAAAGUUGAAUUUGAGAUAGUGGGCGAUGGAGAGUACGUUCUGAAGAUGAAGAGGGUGAAUCCAAGUUCAAAUAAUGAGGAUGAGGUAGAAAGGGCUAAGAAUUUGGCUCAAAAUGGAGCAAUGUUGUACCACUACGGAGAGAUUCUUCAAGACAUGGGAGAGAAAUUGAUUUCCCAGUCCAGAACAUUGUUUUACUCUGUAUUCAAAAUGCCUGCAACUCCUAAACACAAAGUCAGAUGA